AGCUAGUGCAAAGCGUGAGGGCCAGAGCGAGACGUUCUUGAAUUCAAUUUCAUGAGCUGAACUUUCUCAGUUUCUGGCCACCAUUUUUCCGGAGGCUUCUGCAAUACAAAGGGGCUGUACUUUUUAAUAGACUUCUGAAGAGGCAAGCUGGACUUUGACUCGCAUGAUUGUGAGCAAGCGUUCGAUAAAUGCAAUUGCAGCCCAUCGAUGCAAGUCCGCAAAAGUCUGCAGAAGUACACCACCGUCUUGGGCCUUAUUGCUGGUAGAAUUUAGCAGAAGAACUGCAUUUGUUUUUGUAUCGAAGUUUACCUACGGGCGGCCAGCUCGAUUGAGCGGUGCAGUUGGGCAUUCAAUCCUUCAACCCAGUUCUUAGUGAGCUCAAACUUAAAGUUAUAUAGUGAGCAGAGAAACUGCAUUUGUCUUGGAAUCGAAGAUUACCUGAGGGCGGCCAGGUCGAUUGGGCGGUGCAAUUGGGCAAUCAACCUAUCAACUCACUUGUGGUGGAGCUCAUUAUAGUGGCCACCUGCAAUCUGGUGGUCUUUCAAGCUCGCCUGACGGACGUACUUGAUGCUGACUUCCCUGAGAGAAGGCUGGAGCGACCAUGAAUCUGACACUACACAAUCCGUCAUACUCCAACGAAGGCUUUGUCCUCGACUUCCCCGAAGUCAUUGAGGAGUACCUAUACCAGGAGCCGUACUAUGCCCAGUGCGUUGCUUUCAACCGGCGGGGUACGCUUCUUGCAGCCGGCUGCACGAACGGCUCGAUCCUCGUCUGGGACUUCGACACCCGGGGCGUCGCCAAAGAACUCAGAAUCGAUGGGGAACCCUUCUGGAUCUCGAGCGUGGGCUGGUCCAAGGACGGGCGACGCCUGGUCUCCUCAACUGUCCAGAACAAUCUGAUCUCGCUCUGGGACGUCGCCUCGGGGGCCCGCGUCGCAUCUUACAAGUGUGAAUACACGAUCUUGCGCGUGUCCUUACACCCCAAAGACAGCGCCAUGUGUCUAGUAUGCCCGCAACAAGGCCCCCCCCUUCUCCUGGACAACUUUGGGGUGUCAGGGGAAGAGGCGCGGUGCGGGCCGUUGUUGAGUGUGGAUGAGAUCACGGCGGGGGGGGCGGGGAAGGGGAAAGGGGGGGAGGGGGUCUCGGUGUCAUUUGGUGCGGCGGUGUUUAACAAGCGAGGGGAUCUGGUGUUCGUGGGGACGGCGCGGGGGGAGGUGCUCGUGGUUGAGACAGCGAGUAAGAAGGUAUUGGGGCGGAUGCAAAUACAAGGCGGCCAGCUGGUGCGUCAGAUCGUGGUCAGCCGCAACGGCCAGUACCUGAUGACCAACUCCAGCGACCGCACGCUGCGCAUCUUCAAGGUCGAGCUCCCCGUCGAGGGCGCGGCCGCGGCUGCCGCGGAGCGGGGGGCGGCGCAGCAGGCUGAGGCCAGCCUGGCGGGCGCCCCCCCUAGAAAGAAACUCGCGAACCCGUUCUUUACGUACAUUUGCGAUCACAAGGAUCCGAUCAAUAACGUUCCCUGGAUGACGGCGUGCUUUAGCGGCGAUACGGAAUACGUAAUGGGGGCAUCGGCGCAGCAGGGGGAGCAUAAGCUGAUAUUGUGGGGGACGACUUAUCCCCAGAUCAUGCGGACGCUGGACGGUCCGAAGGAGGGCGUCCGUGAUAUGGCGUGGCACCCGACGCGUCCGAUUGUCGCCUCUGUCGCAACCACCGGUGUGAUCUACGUGUGGGCGAAAGAGUACCAGGAGAACUGGAGCGCAUUCGCACCGGAUUUCAAGGAGCUCCAGGAGAACGACGAGUACGACGAACGGGAGGACGAGUUCGACUCUAACCCGCGGGAAGACGAGGCGCCAAAGGGUCAAAAGGACGUGGAUAGCGACAUCGACCUCGACAUCGAGACCGUCGAGAAGGUGGGCGCAUACAGCGACUCGGACGAGGACGGGCUCUACUUCCUACCGGUAAAACCCGAGCCGGACCCCCCGGAAACCGAGGCGCCCGCCGUCGCGGAAGAUGACGCGGCGGGGGCGGCGGCGAGAACGGUUGAGGCGCCAGGGCCGUCGAAUCGGCUAGCGGAUGCGGGGUUCGAUGCGGACGGCUUGGGGGGGCGCCGGAAGCGGAAGGCGAAAGUACACCCGGGGGAGGAGGCUGCUCUCGUUUCAGGGGGGCAACCCAAGUCAAAGAAAGGCGCCGGGAAGGGGGGGGGUGGGACGAAAGUUGGGCUCGGCAACGGGAAGAAAGCGGGCAAAGGGUCCAAGUUGAAAGGCAAAAAAAAGGGUGGGUUGAACGAAGUUGGGAUGGGGGGAGAUGCUGGAUUUGGGGGGCAGGGGCUGGAGCAUGGAGAGGGGGUGUAUGGGGAUGAAGGGAACGCCGACGACUUUGCUGAGUACUCAUGAUGAACCUUGUUUUGCCGUGCAUAUGCGCCAGUCAUUGAAGGCGUCUCGAAGAUGUUGAGGUGUCGGCAUGACAGCGCGAACGAAGGGUUUCCAACACGAAGCAAAUGAAACUCUGUCGAGCCACUUGUCAGGCUGCAAAGAAGGUCUGGCUUGAAACUUCUCGGUUCAGAAAGCAAUAUUGAACAGCUUCUGCCUUCAGAAAGUGAGGACCAGAGUCGAGAAUCCACGCGCCGAAUCUUCGUCAUCGACUGGAUCCAUCUAAACAAAGCAAUAUGUGCUGCAAUUGACCGACUUUUUAUUGAAUGGAUCUAGAUUUGCUGCUUGUUGCGCC